AUUUUUGCAGAAAAAAUAAUAAACAUUAAAAAAAAUGCUCGAACUUGGCGCCUCAUUCAUCCCGUUCGAACCAGACCGCUCCUCUCACGACGGAAACAUCACGCGCAACUUUUUCGACUGCUCCAGCCAGCGAAUAUGCACAAUGAGGAACAACGGGGCGCUGGGACUCACUUCGAAAUCGCUGAAAAACGAUAAAAUAAUGAAUGUCCGAACAAAGGAUCGCGGGGAGCCUUCUACUGUGAAAUUUUCGCCCGAUGGCCGGCUCUGUGCGAUGCAACGCACCCCAACCACCGCAGACGUGGUUUUUUUGGAAAAAACCGAGACUUCUCUGUGUUUGGAGUUAACAGUCAACACAAAGUCGAAAGAACCAUUGCUGGCAGUUGAAUGGGUCACUAAUAAUCAGCUCCUCCUCGUGAACAACCAUAGUGCCGAAUUAUUAUACAUUAAUGAGGAUAAAAAGUCGUCGAAAUUGUUAAAAGCGACAAAUGUCAACGCUGCAUGGGCAAUUUAUUAUGCGCCCAGUCAGCUGCUUCUCAUCGCAAAUGGCCAGUCUUGUUCAUAUCUUCAGCCAUUCGUUGUGACGCACUCCCAGUUUACUAGAAUGAAGGGGUUUGAAGUCGAUUUUGGAGGAUCCAUAUCGAAGGAGAACUUUCUGGAAAAAGACGCGGCGAUUGCCACGAUAUAUGGCAGAGUUUAUGUGCUAGUGUUCAAAUACAGUAACCGGAACGCCACAGUGCUCGAUCUCUAUGAAUUGCCAUUUGAUGCGGCUACAGGACCCAGUUUCAAGCAUUCAUUAAUUUUAGGAUUCAAUGGUGGCUGUGGUAUUCAUGUAAUCGAUAAUUUGGUCGUUGUACAUCACCAGGCGUCGCAAAAAUCGCUGAUUUUUGAUAUAAGAGUCAGCUCGCCGAGCAAGAGUCAUUCACCUCUUGUUGUCACCACAAUAGAAUCCCAUCCACAACACCAGCCACCUCCAGCUCUCUACACCAAUUUCUGGUUCACCUUCCUCCCCGACAUCGUCAUUGAUUCGUCUGGCGGUGUGAUGUACUCGAUUCGUCUGAAAAAUGAGCACGCUCAACUCGAAAUCGCCGACAAACAAACGAUGCUCGAAUAUUUGGCGAGACGGAGCAACGAGAAGAAGCUGUUCGUGACGACAUUGUUGGCUUGCCUCAAAGCUCGCGCUCUGUCUCUCCGACAAAUCCGGAAAGUAUUCGCAAUGCUCACAGGAGUUACUGGAAAAUCGUCUGCUAGUGAAAAUUCAGUUGAAAAUGGCUCUGGAAGUAGCCAGAAGCCCGUAUUAGACUGCGAGAAAUACGCGAGUUUGGCAGUGACGCAGCAGGAAAUGCAAAGCUCUGUUCUCAUUCCAUUGAGGGAAGAAGUAUCGCUACCCGAAUCAUACGUGGCAAAUAUUAUGCUCCAGUAUCUACGGUCGCUCUUCGACGCAGAAAUAACGCCAGAAGCCUACCUAAUUGAAAUGGUCGUUGAGACACUGGCCGAAGCUGGCGAGAUGUCGAAAUUACAGCAAAUUGUCACCUAUAGGGUUAUUAACGACUCCAAACCAUUGGCAUUCUUGUUACUAUCCUACGAAGCUCGAUGCUCGACACUUUUCCAAUCGGGAGUGGAUAUUCUUGCCAGAAACAAGGCUAGCGAUGAAAUUGUUGAAGUGAUGCUCGAGAAAAAGCAAAUCGUCGACGCAUUUCGAUUUAUCGAUGUACGGAAUCUGAACGAUGCUUUGAUCCCGAAAGUUGUGGAAGCUGCCAAUCAGCACUGCGUUCGGCAGACAAGAUAUGCCAUUAAAGAGCAUUUAACAGAGAAAAAAGCUAAAGCCUCCCUCUAUAAAUCGAUUGGCGACGAGCUGUACACUGCCGAGGAAGUGAAAGGAGCCAGCGAAGAGCAGGCCACGUGUGCUCUGUUUGAGAUUUAAUUUGGUUUUUAUUUCAUUUGUCUGGUAAAUUAAUGGUGCUCCCCUACUUAUGUAUAUGUGAUUUUACGGUUUUGUCGAGGUGCUAUGUAAGUGAUUUUGUCGAUAUUUUGGAUUAUUACUAUUGAAAUUGUUUAAUUUUUGCGUAAUUUGUAAAAUGAAUAAAACAUUUAUUGUA